AUGUCUUCAGAUCAAUUACCUCCAUUUCCUCCUCAACAUUCACAAUCAUCAGAAAUAAUACCACCAAAUUCAACAUUAAAUAAUGUAGCAGCUUUUUUAAAUAUAAAAUCAAAACGUUCAUCAGGUGGAUCAUCAUCAUCUAAUGCAAAUACACCUUCAGGUUCGCCAGUAUUAUCAAGGGCAUCAGGCGGAUCAACCUCAUCAUCAUCAUCAACCUCAUCAUUAUCAAAUGUUCCACAAAUGAAUUUAGGAGAACCAAUGUCACCACUUUCACACAGUAUUUAUGGUAAUAAUGCACUUACUUCGAUUACAAAUGCUUUAGCAGGAAACAUGGCAGGGUCUCCAUUAGGAUCACCAAAAUUACCACACACAAAUAGUAGUAACAGUAUUCAAAUGAACAGUAAAGAUUCACCAGAUGUUGGAUUAAGAGCAUUUGCAAAGAAGAAAAAAGGUGCGACACCAGGUACAUCAUUUUUAAAUUUAAAGGCAAUUUCAGACGCAGAUACAUUAUCAUUAGCAAAUGUUGGACCAACUCGUAUGACGUGGAACGAUUUCGAAAAUGAAUACGAAAAAGAAUAUGAAAAUAUUAUGGAACAAUUAAAAUUUCCAGUAGGCGAGGUUGUAGUUCGUAGACAAGAAAAGAUACCAAGAACUGUAUUCUCACCAACAAUUGGAAUCGUAACAAGUGGCCUUGAAAAUCAUGUAAGAGAAUUAAUCGAUGGAUUCUAUAAAGAUUAUUUAAUUGUUGAGCACAAAUCUACACUUUCACAACCAAACCAAAGAAAAACUUCAAUUCGUUCAAUCAAUAACCAACCAGCAAUAACAAAUGAAUUAUCACUAUCACAAUCAUUAAAUAGUAGUUUAGGUUUAUCAACACCAUCAUUAAGAAGUAAACUUUUUGCAACUGGUAAACAAAUUUCGUCCACCAAAGACUCAUAUUCAUCAUCAUCAAGUUCAUACAGUUCUUCAUCAUCAUCAUAUUCAAAUAGUAAUAAUGGUAUACCAUCAAUCGAAGCUAUUUUAUCAUCACCAAAUAAUAGAAGUAGCACUAAUGGUACUAGGGCGUCAGUUUCGAAUCAUACCCAACAUUUUUCAGAUCCAUUAAAAGAAUUAAUUCCUGAACGUUCUGGUUUAGAAUUAUUAUGCGAGGUUCAAGAUUUAAAAUUUUCUUUAGAAAUAGAACCAUUCUUUUGUAGUUUAUAUAUUGUAGAUUUAGAUAAAAAAGAAAGAAUUACCGAAAGUUUUAAUUUUCAUUUAAAUUCAAAACCUUUAUUAGAUUCCUUAAAAAUCAAUAGCGAGGAUUUAUUAAAUAAUUGGUCAAAUCAAAAAAAAUGUAAAUUUAAUUUAAACAAAUACCAUCCAAAUAUGUAUUUUAUUUUAAGAAUAUAUCAUAUAUUUAGAGGAGAUAUAGAAAAAGAUACCAAACCAUAUUAUAAGGAUUAUGUAAAAGAUAAGAAAAAGAGUGAUGCAUUAUUAUCACAAUUCAAAAGUGAAAUUGCCGAAAAAUGUUCAAAUUGGGGAUCAGGUGAACAAAGUCAAAUUUUACAACCAUUUGUUUGGGCAGUUUAUCCAGUUUUUCAUCGUCCUACUUUAUCAACAACUCCAUCCUCUAUGAGCUUAACAAUGUCACCUCUAUCAUCACCUUCAAGCUCUUCAGAAAAAGUACCAACUCUUUCCGCUCAAAAUUCAUUAAAUAAUUUAAAUAGUUUUAAUAUUAAUAGUUCAUCAGCCUCAACUACCCCAUCAUCAUCACCAUCACCACAAAUUGGUUCAUCCCCAAAUAACACAAACUUUUUAAAUACACCAUCUAGUCCACCACCAAAUCCACCUCCACCACCACCAACUGCUGAUAGUACAUUAUCUCCCAAUGCUGCAUUAUUAAAACAACAAUUAAUUCAACAAAUUAAUUCUUUAAAUAUAAAUAAUAAUAGUAAUAUUAAUAAUAGUAGUAUACCUUCACCACCACCAAAUCCACCACAACCUCCACAACCACCACCAUUACCAACUCAUAUAGGUCAUAGAAGACGAUCAUCAUUUAUGUCAAAUCAAUCAAGUUCAUCAUCAUCACUUACAUCAGGUAUCAAUACAAAAAUUACAAAUACUAUCGAAAUUGUUAAUAUGAUACCAGCAACACCAAAUCUUUCAGAUAGAACUAUUUGUGAAAUGUUAUUAGUGGAUAAAGAUUUAAAAAAAUUAAAAAAUCAAAUUCCAGGUUCAUUUACUAUGUCACUUUUAACAAAAGAGUCAGAGGAUGAUCUAAGAGGUCGUAUCAGUCCAUCAUUAGUACCACUUUUACCAAUCGACCAAAAUCCAAAGAAACCAAAUCUUACAAGAGAAAUUCAAGACUUUUCUGAAACCCCUUAUCCUUUUGUAGAAUAUGUAAAUAAUCUUUAUAUUUAUCCAGAAAAUGUAUUUAUUAAAUAUAAAAAUCCAAAUAUUCAAAUCCAAGUUCAAUUGGUUGAUGAUUUAUCAUGCUUAAAAACAUUGAAAUGUGUUUAUCCAAAUUUAACACCUCCUUAUAUUCCAUCUCAAUUAUGGGAAACUAUUACAUUACCAGCACCAGGUGUACCAGGACCAUCACCUACAACUCCAUACCCACCAUUAGAAUAUGUUUCAUUCUCUUCAGUAUCAUUCCAUGAUAAGAGACCUCAUUUUACAGAAGAGUUCAAAAUUAAACUACCAAUGAAAAUUACAACCCAACAUCUAUUAUUCACUUUUUAUCACAUUAAUAUUCAUGCUAAAAAAGAUGUAAAAACUGCUAUUGGUUAUUGUGCUGUUCCCUUAUCUCAAGCAGGUAAUAAUAAUUCUCAAAGUGUACAUUUCCUUAAAGAUGAUUACUAUUGUUCAAUGAUCUCAUCCGAUAUGAACAAUUUACAACCCAAAUUUGUAAACCCAGAAUCAAGUAAAAAAGAAAAAAUUCCAGUUUUCACCUUUAGAACAAAAUUGGUUUCAAGCGUUAUCACUCAAGAUCCAUGUUUGGAUACUUUCUUUAAACAAUCUACAAAUAAUAGUAGCAAUGAAGUUAAAUCAAUUUUAAAGAUUGAACGUUUAACCUGUGUACAAUUUUUCCCUUCAAUUUUAAAUCAAUUAUUCCAAAUUAUGUGCACAAGCGCAAAUGAAGUUGCAUCAUCAGCUUUUGUUUCAAUAUUACAUGUUAUAAAAAUCGUUGAUGGGUUUCAAGAAAAGAAAUCAGGUACUGACAAGUCAAGAUUAUUAACAUACUAUUCAGAAUAUUUAUUUGACUAUGUACCAGAUUCAAAACAUCUUUAUGAGGAAUUAUGCAGACAAUGGGUAAAUUCAAUUAAUAGUGGUGUUUAUGUUAAAGACUUCCGUUUAAAUUGGUUCUUAUUAGAUAUUAUGACCAAAUCAAUGGCAUUAUCAUUACAACCAACUGGUAGUUUAGAUACAGAUUUAGGCAGAGAAAAUAGAUUCAAGAUAGAGUUUUUAGAAAAUUUAAACAAAUUGGUAUUAAUGUUAAUUCCGAGUCAAUCAGAUAAUAUGUUGGUUCAAAGUUGGGAGUUCUUUAUGAAAUUCCCAUCAUUCAUAAAUAAUCUCUUCCCACUUAUUGAUAGAGGUUACCUUUUCAAUUUAAUAUAUAACUAUAUAAGCAGAAUUGACCCAACAAAUGAAGAUUUAACAAUGGUUACAAUCAAAUUUAACUUUUUAAAAAUUAUUACAGACUAUGAUCACUAUAUCCCAUUAAAUUUCCCAGUUUUAAUUAAAUCACUAACUUCAAUUUCAGAUUUAAAUCUAAAAUUCUUUAAAAGACACUUUUUAUCAAUUUUAUUAAUUACCGAAGUUGAAGGUUGUUUAAAACACACAAAGUAUUCCAUUAGAAAUCAAGCAAUUCAAACUUUAAAACAACUAAUAAAGAAACAUCAUUAUGACCCAAGAUAUCAACAACCAGAAUUAAGAGAAAAGGUAGCAAGUAUUUAUUUCCCAUAUGUUUUAAUGAUCGUUGAACACUAUUCAAUUAUUAAACAUCAAUUAGAAGCUAAGGAAGUCCAAGAAUGGUUAACUUGUUUCAUUUGGAUCCUUCAAUAUUGCAGCAGAGAUCUUUUAAGACUAUGGUUUACAAAAGAAACCCAAAAGCAUCAAACCAAUCUCUUAAAUCUUAUUAUGAUGUCAUUAGAUAGCUUCAAGGACGAACCAUCAAUCUUUGAAAUUGCAAUUCUUUCUAUUGAAUUAUCGAAACAUAUAUUAGAAGAUUUCAAUGAAGAGCAAAUGCAAUCCAAUACCAUCAUUUUGGAUAUCAUCAUUAAUAUUCUUCAAAAGUGUUCAUCCAUUUCCGGUGUUGAAAUGCUUCGUUUAAUCUAUACAAUUUUCAAAGAUUUCUUAGUUCCAAGAUAUCCAGUUUUAUUAUUCCAAAACUUCAACAACUCUUACUGUGAAACCAUUUCCUAUGAUUUACUACGUUCCGUUAAUAUGACCGAUCUUUUGGACGAAUCUUCAUCUCUUUUUUACAUACUUUUAGAAAAGAAUUUCCAAACAACAAAGGAUAUUUCCAAGAUCAAAAUUCAAUCUACUGUCGCUAUCUCAAGAUUAGUUGGUGAAAUUAAAUUAGAAAAUAGUUAUAAUCUCAGUAGCUUCUUAAUGAAAGUAAGAAAAUUGGUUAAAUCGAAUCCAGAUAAUACCCAAGUUUUCAUUAAUCAAGUGGAAGAAAUGUUAAAUAGAAUCGAUACUCUCAUGAAAUAUUCACACAUUAUCACAGAAAAUAAGAAUGAUCCAGAGUUGGUAACAGAAAUGUAUUAUAAAAUCUCAAACAGUUACUUUGAAUCACCAAAUCUUCGUCUUACUUGGUUAGAAAAUCUAUCAAAGAUUCAUAGCGAAAAUGAAAAUUUCGAUGAAGCAUCCCAAUGUUUGGUUCACUGUGCCUAUUUAAUUGCUAGAUAUCUUAUUCAAAGUGGUAAAUUUAAUGAUAUUUUAGAAUCUGAUUUCCUUUCAAUUUGUCCAAAUCUUAAAUCUGAGUUGGUUUUACCAAAUUUCGAUCAAAAAGACAGCAAUGCACUCUUCCAAUCCAAUGUUUGGUCAUUACCCUAUGUUGUAGAACUCUUAGAAAAAUCCAUCUCACUUUUAGAACAAGGUAACCGUUAUGAAUUAGCAAUUGAAAUUUACUCGUUAAUUUCAAAGAUUUAUAAAACUAAAAAGGACUAUAAAUCACUUUCAACCUCACUUUCCAACAGUCAAAAGCUAUGUGUCGAACUUGUUGAAAAAAAUAAAGAAACUAGAUUCUUUUCAAGAUUUUAUAGAGUUGGUUUCUUUGGUAAGAAGUUUGAGGAAUUAGAUGGUAAAGAAUUUAUAUAUAAAAAACCACACAAAUGUAAUAUUAGUACAAUUCAAAAUCAAUUAAAGAGUAAUCUUCAAGAGAAAUUUGGUGAAAAUGAAGAUAUUACAAUGAUAUCAAAUGCUAAGGUCGAUAAAAACUCUUUAGACCCAGAAAAAGUUCACUUCCAAGUUGUAUCAGUCGACCCAUAUAUAGAACAACAAGGAACUGUAGAUUUAACAAUCUCUCAAUUUGAACAAUACUUUAAUAUUUCCCAAUUCAUUAGCGAGGUCCCAUUCAGUACCGAAGGUAAAGCUAUUCAAGAUGAUAUGUCGAAACAACAAAAAAAGAAAACAAUAUUCUUUGUAGAUUUAGCUUUUCCAUAUGUAAAGAAUCGUUUAGAGGUAGUUUCAAAAAGAGAAAUCAUUUUAUCACCAAUCGAAAACGCUAUUGAACUUAUUAGAAAUCGUUGUAUUAAACUCAAAGAACAAUUGGAUACAAACCCACCAAGAAUUAAUUUACUUCAUCAAAUUUUACAAGGUUCAGUUUUCCCAAUGGUUAAUGAUGGACCAUUAAAGGUUUGUGAAAUUUUCCUUAAUCCAAAAACAAUCAAUAAUUAUAAUCCAGAGCAUGUAGAACAAUUAAAGAAAGCCAUGGAAAAAUUCAUUAUUUAUUGUGGUUUUACAAUUCGUUUAUCUCGUAGUAUUAUCUCUGUUCAACUUCAAGAUUUCCAAAAUAUGAUUGAAGAACAAUAUAAAACCCUCAAAAAUCAAAUUAAUUCUUAUAUUAAAUAA